AUGAAGUCUGCUUAUAGAGAGGAGAGGCUAUCAUUGGACGCGUUCGAACCAGCGGGAAGUGGGGAUGUUGAAAAGCAAGAUGGAGUGUUUAGAAUUUCUCCCGGCAACAAAGAGGCUGUAAAUAAAUGGAUGGCGUUUGAGGCCGCUGCAAGUGAUGAGUCUAAAAUUGUUCAAAGGACUUCAGAAUGGGGGCUUACGAUUGGGGCAGAUGUUGGAGAUGGUGUCUUUCGUAUGGACUCAAAGUAUUUUUCUGGAGAAGGAGAAAGAAGCAAGAACUCCUCAGAGAGAUUUGGGGUCGGAUCUACGAGGACGUCAGAGGAAUCGAAUAGUCGAUCUGAAAUUCCAAGGGUAUCUCAGGAGCUGAAGGAUGCACUGGCAACAUUGCAGCAGACUUUCGUCGUCUCUGAUGCAACCAAACCUGAUUGCCCCAUUGUGUAUGCCAGCAGUGGCUUUUUUACAAUGACCGGUUAUUCUUCAAAAGAAGUUAUUGGAAGAAACUGUCGGUUCCUGCAGGGCCCUGAUACAGAUCCGAAUGAGGUGGAGAAGAUACGGAAUGCAACAAGAACUGGAAAAAGCUAUUGUGGGAGGCUUCUCAACUACAAGAAGGACGGUACCCCUUUCUGGAAUUUGCUGACAGUCACUCCGGUCAAAGAUAACAAUGGACGAACCAUAAAAUUUAUUGGAAUGCAGGUUGAGGUAAGCAAAUACACAGAAGGGGUAAAUGACAAAGCACUACGACCAAAUGGAUUACCCCAGUCAUUAAUUCGCUAUGAUGCUCGUCAGAAGGAAAAGGCUUUUGGAUCCAUCACAGAGGUUGUACAAACUGUUAAGCAUCCACAAUCUCACAUGAAGUCUCUGAGUCAUGACACCACUGCCGAGCAUGAAAAUGACAAGUUAAAUCUAGAUUAUAUGCUCCCUGGACCAGCUGAAAUGGGUAAUACAGGUACACCUGGACGAAAAAUAUCUCAACGGGAUUCAAUAAAGGACUUGCACAGUAAGAGUACUCGUCAGGAUACUGGCAGCAGGUCUAGCAAAUCUGGACGCAAUUCCUUGAUGGGUUUCAAAGGGAGGUCUGCAGGCAUGCAAGAAAAUGAACCAAGAAUCGAGCCAGAGAUUUUGAUGACAAAAGACGUAGAACGAACAGACAGCUGGGACCAUGCUGAAAGAGAAAGGGAUAUACGUCAAGGCAUUGACCUGGCAACAACACUGGAACGCAUUGAAAAAAAUUUUGUGAUAUCAGACCCUAGACUUCCUGAUUGCCCAAUUAUAUUUGCAUCUGAUAGCUUUCUUGAACUGACGGAGUAUACACGUGAAGAAAUUUUGGGAAGGAACUGCAGGUUUCUUCAGGGACCUGAAACUGAUCAAGCAACUGUUUCAAAGAUAAGAGAUGCCAUCAGAGAGCAAAGAGAAAUUACUGUUCAGUUAAUUAAUUAUACUAAGAGCGGCAAGAAAUUCUGGAACUUAUUCCACUUGCAACCUAUGCGUGAUCAGAAGGGGGAACUCCAAUACUUCAUUGGUGUCCAACUAGAUGGAAGUGAUCACGUGGAACCACUGAGAAACCGUCUGUCUGAGAACGCAGAGCAAGACAGUGCUAAGCUGGUAAAGGCUACAGCAGAAAAUGUUGAUGAGGCUGUUCGAGAACUUCCUGAUGCCAACCUGACACCAGAAGACUUGUGGGCUUUGCACUCUCAACCUGUAUUCCCGAGGCCUCACAAACGAGAUAGUACUUUUUGGGCAGCAAUAAGAAAGAUCACUGAAGCUGGUGAAAAAAUUGGACUCAAUCACUUUAAACCAGUACGACCUUUGGGAUGUGGAGAUACUGGCAGUGUUCAUUUGGUGGAAUUAAAAGGUACUGGUCUGCUGUUCGCUAUGAAGGCAAUGGAUAAAUCUAUUAUGCUCAAUCGUAACAAGGUUCAUCGAGCAUGUAUUGAAAGAGAAAUUAUCUCGCUUCUAGACCAUCCAUUUCUUCCCACCCUCUACACCUCGUUUCAGACGCCUACACACGUUUGCUUGAUAACGGAUUUUUGUUCUGGGGGAGAGUUAUUUGCAGUGCUUGACAAACAGCCCAUGAAUAUAUUUAAGGAGGAAUCAGCUAGGUUUUAUGCAGCAGAGGUUAUCAUUGGCUUGGAAUAUCUUCAUUGUUUAGGAAUAAUUUAUCGGGACCUGAAGCCAGAAAAUAUUCUACUGCAGAAGGAUGGGCACGUUGUAUUAACUGACUUCGAUCUAUCAUUUAAGACAGCUUGUGAACCCCAAGUUUUAAGGCAUCCACCGCCAAAGAGAAGAAGAUCAAGGAGUCAACCACCUCCUGUUUUCAUUGCAGAACCAAAUACUCAGUCAAAUUCAUUUGUUGGAACUGAAGAAUACAUUGCACCGGAAAUCAUAACUGGCGAGGGACACAGUAGUGCUAUUGAUUGGUGGGCUCUUGGCAUUUUGUUGUAUGAAAUGCUUUACGGCCGUACACCAUUCAGGGGAAAGAAUAGGCAGAAGACAUUUUCCAACAUCUUGCACAAAGACCUCACCUUCCCAAGUAGCAUUCCGGUAACGCUUGCAGCAAGGCAGUUGAUUAAUGCACUGCUAAAUCGAGAACCUGCUAGUCGUUUAGGAUCUAAUGGAGGUGCAAAUGAGAUCAAGCAACACCCUUUCUUUAGUGGAAUUAAAUGGCCUCUCAUUCGUUGCAUGACCCCACCACCACUAGAUGUGCCUCUUCAGGGUGCUCGUAAAUCCUAUGGAGUUAUUUUAAAGGGCUACAUAUGCUCAUGUAAAGAAAGGAUUGCGAAUUUCGGUGAUUCUAUUCCUCUUUUAUCAGAAAACAGGUCCAGGUUUGCCUAG